GCGCGCGGACACUCCUCCCCCCGCCGCGCCAGAUCUCGACCCUUCUAGAAGCUUCCGCCCGCCCGGAUCCCGAGGGUCCUUCCCCCCACUCCCCCCCGCUCUCAGAUCCCAACUCGUCGGCGGCGGCGGCGCGAGGGAUCCUCCCAAGUUAGGCCCGCCCGUGUGCUGCCGCCCUCUAGAACCCGCGCGGCCAGAUGGCGAGUGCAAAAUCGGCCAGCAGUGGUGCCUCCGAAGAGUCCAAAGUAGUGGUGGCGGAGAAUGGGAAGAUGGUUGAUGUUCAGGACAAGGAGAUUACCAUGGAAGGCCUCUGUUCCAUAAGUUCUUAUGACCAGUGGACGCGGCUCGCCGCAUCUGGACCGCUUCCGAAACCCCGCUACAAGCAUGCAGCUGCUGUGGUUCAGGAAAAGAUGUAUGUCUUUGGUGGAAAUUACAAUGGUCGUUACCUUGGUGACAUGCAGGUUCUGGAUUUCAAAAGUUUGUCAUGGUCAAAGCUAGAAGUUAAAUCCCAAUCAGAACCUUCAGAAUUGACUGGAACAACUUCACUUGCUCCAUGUGCGGGCCAUGGACUGAUUCCAUGGGGAAACAAGAUCCUCUGUCUUGCAGGACACACCAGGGAACCUACCGAAAAUCUCAGUGUUAAGGUGUUUGAUCCACAAACAUGCACUUGGUCAACCUUGCGCACUUAUGGCAGAUCACCGAUCUCACGUGGUGGUCAAUCAGUGACUCUUGUUGGAGACACAUUAGUUGUGUUUGGAGGUGAAGCUGAUGGGAGGUCCCUUCUGAAUGACCUGCAUAUUCUUGAUCUUGAGACCAUGACUUGGGAUGAAUUUGAGACAACAGGCACACUCCCUUCCCCAAGGUCAGAGCAUGCUGCUGCAUGCCAUGCUGAUCGUUAUCUCUUGAUAUUUGGCGGGGGUUCUCAUUCUACUUGUUUCAAUGAUCUACAUCUCCUUGACAUGCAAACAAUGGAAUGGUCAAGACCACAACAUCAGGGUAUUACUCCUGAACCAAGAGCAGGGCAUGCAGGUGUUACAGUUGGUGAGAACUGGUUUAUUACUGGAGGUGGUAAUAAUAAGAAAGGUGUAUCAGAAACACUUGUACUUAACAUGUCUACAUUUGCAUGGUCAGUCGUUACUGGUCUUGAAGGCCGUGCACCCCCAACAAGUGAGGGGUCAAGUUUAGUGCUGCACAAAGUUAAUGGUGAAGACUUUCUGGUGUCAUUUGGAGGAUACAGUGGACGCUAUAGUAAUGAGGUUUAUGCUCUCAAAUCAAGUCAAAAGUCCAAUUUACGAUCUGGGCAAAUAAAUGAACCUGAAACAAAUGGCUUGGCCUCCGUAUCUAUGGAAGCAAAUUCCAGUAGAGGGGUUAUAUUCGAAAUUGAAGAACUUCAAGAUGAAAAGGUUAUUAAGAGGGCAGAUACUAGCAAAACUUUGUUGCAAGCAGUUACAGGUGAGAAGAACAAGAUACAAGAAAAACUUAACCAGGAAGAGCUGCAGAGUUCCCGACUGAAGCAGGAAUUAGCUAAUGCGGAGACAAAAAAUGUGGAACUUACUAAGGAUCUUGACUUAGUCCGCAAUCAACUUUCUGCAGAAGAAGCGAGGGCAUCACAACUUGAGAGCGAAAUUUCCGAGCUUCAACAAAGGCUACAGAAGAUGGAGGCCCUGGAGAAGGAGUCCGAGUUGCUUCGGCUUGAAAAGGAUGCAGAUUCUGAUGAUUCCUCUUCAGGCAGCAACCAGCGACCUGGUGACAGGGGCUUCUGGAGGUGGAAUGGAUAAAAGUUCUUGAUAGAAACAGGAUGGCAGCAGAUUGCGGUUCCAUCAAGAUGAACCGAUCAACCAUGCGAAGGAUUUAAUAAAGAUAACAGGUGGUUCUAUCUAUCUCAAUAACUUUAGCCUUUUAUGUUCGUUCGAUCAUGACAUCAGGAAAAAUAUCAUUUUGCUCCAUAUCUUUAGGCCUGAAUGCUGGCUAACAGAACAAAUACAAGUGCCCUAGGUUUUAGGUCAGUAAUAACCUGCAAAAAUCUGCAAUUCAUCGCAGGAUUUUGUCCUCUAUGUUCAGAAAAGAAAAAUAAAAGGUUCAGCUUGUCUGAGCUACAGCUGAAAUCGAUUUGAAUUUUAUUAAAGCUUAGAUU